GCACUUUUCAAGUAUUACGCUACUAUGUUGACAUAAAGCCUAUGCACAUGGUUUCUUAGACCCGGUCACAUCCUCACCGGCGCAUAUUAUAAAAUCGCUCUCCGUACUGCUUUCUGACUGAACACUUGUAUAAAUCAUACUCAAUUGGCCACUAUGUGUAGCAUGAUAACAGAGCUCGGAGCUGAGGACUCACAGCCUUUGGAAGUGGAGAGCUUAUGCGUCAAGUGUUUAAAAAAUCUAAGGGUUAAACUCAGUCGACUUUUGUAUGAUCGCACUACCUUUUUACAGUAGAAUAAAAAGACGGCGUGGUAUAAACGAAAAAACUCUCAGUCAGCAUUUUCGCGAGGCAAAACGGUGGGCUAUGGGGAGAAAUUGCGAUGUUACAAAACUCUGCGUUUUUCGCCUCGCGAUUAUUGUCAUUUCGCCUCUUGCUCUGGAAGUGGCCUCGAGUUUCCCCAGGAAAAUGUUGAAUGGACACGGUAGUCGUCUAAAUGACAAAUUAGACGUCACCUGCUGACUUGACGGCCUGUGGAUUUGUAAAUUCUCAUCGUUACUUUCAUAUCUAACCGAUUUGGGUUUCGUUAUGACUUAUAGUUGGGUAUCGAGAAAUGUUAAAUUCAGUGAUCAUUUCGCGUAAAUAUGGUGUGUAAUCUCUACAUAAUAAGGCAAGUACGUGAAUAAUGUGGGGGACGCGUAAAAGUCCGUUAUGAGGCCGCAUUUCCUCAUUACUAAGCCACACGCUGAACUGUAGUAAUUCCAUACGGAGUGUAGCACUAAAGUUGUUCGCGACAUUAUGCUUUCCUUUUAGUAAGGAGUUAAAGUAUGGAAAUUCAGAAGAGACUACACUUGAAAAUGUGCAUUACCCCCUCCGAAGAGAUCUUCGACCUGCUUGAAAACAACCUACGGGGUUAAAGUUAUGAUUAUCCUUUGGAAUUAGUGGUGGAUGUUAAAACUGGAAUUCUUACAUCUUUGAACCACUAGCUAACAGAGAACCUUCGGUUGAACUAAACUUUAGUGGCGAGAAUCCUUACGGUCAGCUUCUCAGGCUGCAGACGCUGUACUUUAAGGUUUUUCAUCGAUGUUCGUUGCAUAAGCUGUUGUAACUACCACCUGUUGACACUUUUUUGUCUUGCUUGUAGGUGGGUAGGUACGUUGUUGCAGGAGGCGCGCAGAGUAGUGUGAGUUUGGUGGUGAUUAUGAAAAUUUUGAAGGGAAAAGAGGAAGAGAAAUAAGGUGAACCGACGACUCAGCAAGUACAUAGAAUGUACUUACACUGAAUAAUAAAAGAUAACUAACAAACGGUAGAGCUUGACAACGAAGAGGUGAGGCAGUCUGGAAAUCGAAACUGGAUGGUAAACGAGUGAGGUUUCAAAUGCUUUCAAUUGUUGUUGAAUUGAGAUGAAGAUUGCUAGCAAUCUCGAUUGUGAAUUUGUUGUUGUAAUGUCUUAUCCCACCUGUUACAAGAAGAUUUCCCUAAGAACAGGAUAGUUUUUCAAAGGGUCUCACUUAAUUCUGUAACAAAUAAGGGUUUUUGUACUCCACUUAGUUGUUGAAACACCUGUAUUAUCAGCUGCAGCUCUGACAAACGUUAGUAAAUCUUCUUCUAAGCGGUUGUAUCAACACUACAGAGUUAUUCGUUUCUUAGUAAUCGGCAGGCUGGAUGUGAAAUUUGGUGGAAUAGGCGAUGUGAUGGAAAUGUGUCAUUCUCAUAGGCAUAAGCAUAAACGAGGAAGGGAACUUGAACAGCACUGGGGGACAACACACCUGUUGUUAACAAAAAUUGCAUUUUUUAAAGAAGUUAUUAUCGCAUCUUUCAACUGUCCUCAUUGUGGAUAUGAAAAUCGAUCUGUGACUCCAGCCUCACGUAUUCAAGAUAAAGGACAACGUUUGACACUUACAGUUACAAACAUGAAAGAUUUGAACAGACGUCUUGUUAUACCAUCAUGUUCAACAGUAAAUAUUCCACAAUUGGAUUCUACAUUUCCUUUUUCUGAUGGAGUUCUGUCAACUGUUGAAGGUACCAUAACAGCGAUAAUAGAUAAUUUGAAUAAUCUACAACCUGAAAGAAGGGAAAGUGAACCAGAGUUGGCAGGCAAAAUUGAAAUUUUCAUUCAUCAACUGAGUAACUUACUGAAUGUAGAAAAGCCAUUUACACUUGUGAUAAAUGAUCCAUCUGGGAAUGGUUUUAUUGAAAAUUAUCUCGCUCCAAAUGAUGAUCCUCAAAUUGAAUUGAUAACAUAUACACGGACAUCGGAACAAGAUGAAUUACUUGGCCUACAGCCUCAACCACCAAUAGAUUUAAUCAAUAAAUUGUCUGUACCUGAAACAAUUGUUGAAGAGGCGACUGUUUUGAAUGAACCUGUGAAACCUAUUGAAAAAGAUGAAGUUAUGUCUUUGUCUACCAAUUGUCCAUCAUGUAAUAGUCCAAUUGAAAACAAAAUGAAAAUUGUCGAUAUUCCUCAUUUCAAGGAGGUUAUACUAAUGGCGGUCAAUUGUUCAAGUUGUGGUUUUAAAGAUUGUGAAGUUAAGUCGGGUACUGGUGUUUCACCUAAGGGUAGACAUUAUAAACUUCGUAUUACGAAUAUCUAUGAUUUGUCACGUGAUAUCCUGGUCUCUGAAUCUGCAGCCAUUAAAAUCCCUGAACUAGAGUUUGAAUCUAUGGGUGGUACACUUGGUGGAAGGUUUACAACUGUUGAAGGCUUAUUAGUAGCGAUAACUGAUCAACUGAUCAGUGCAAAUCCGUUUAUUGUUGGCGAUAGUACUUCAACUGAAGAGUCAAAAGGCAAAUUAGGAUCAAUGAUUGGUCGUUUAAAAGAGAUCACCUCUGGUGAAAAACUUGAUGUAAUUUUUGAAGUUAAUGAUCCUGCUGGAAAUAGUUAUAUUCAGAAUCUGUACGCUCCUGAUCCGGAUCCUGAACUGGAAGUGAUUGACUAUGAACGAAGUGAGGAGGACAAUGAUCUUUUGGGUUUAACAGAUAUGAAGACGGAGAAUUAUGAAACCACCGACAGCUGAGUCCUGUCUCUCGCUUCCUCUCAAUCGACUGGACUAUUUUUUACAGAUAUGAUAACUUGUUUUGAUAAUAACAGU